CGGAACGGAGUCCUUCAUUGCUGUUGGGAGAUUAUUUUUCUCAUUAAUGCCCAGCUGAAUAUUUUCAGACCAAGAAAAUCGAUGAGCAGGAAAUAGAGUGAUGGAAUUAUUUUACUGUCAUUUUUUUCUAUUGUCUGUGUUGGAGUUAUGUCAGUUCGGCAGCAUUCUCUCUUAUCCAUCGGAAUGUGUUCUUCCGUUUCCGCGAAGUUAUGUGGUCUAUCACCUUGGAGAGCAAGAAACCAUUGAUAUUGAUGGAAAACUUGACGACAAGGCGUGGGCACUUGUCUCGUGGACGGAGGAUUUCAUUGAUAUUCAGGGAGCAGAUUGGAAAAAACCUCGCUUUAGAACACAUGCCAAAAUGAGGUGGGAUGACAAGUAUUUGUACAUUGGAGCCUUUCUUCAGGAAACUGAUGUCUGGGCAAAUCAAACAAAACAUGAUUCUGUUGUGUAUCUUGAUAAUGACUUUGAGGUUUUCAUGGACCCUGAUGGAGACACUCAUUGGUACAAAGAAUUUGAAAUAAAUGCCAUAAACACAACUUGGGAUCUUGAAUUGAACAAGCCUUAUCUUAAUGGUGGUACACCCAACAACAGCUGGGAAAUGCCAAGUAUGAAAAGUGCAAUUUAUGUCUCAGGACCUGUGGAUGAUCCUUCAGUUAAAGAUAAAUUCUGGUCUGUUGAGCUAGCUCUUCCCUUCAGUGACCUGGUGGAUCACAGUCCUACAGCUUCAGCUCCACCAAGGAAUAAAGAUCAGUGGAGGAUUAACUUUAGCAGGGUUGAAUGGCAUGUUAGGGAUGUCAGAGGACAUUAUGAAAAGAUUCCAAAUGUCCCUGAAGAUAACUGGGUGUGGUCAUCACAAGAUGCUAUUAACAUGCACCUUCCUGAGAGGUGGGGCUUCAUUCAGUUCAGUACGGACGCUGUAAAUAAAAGUGAGUUUGUUCGUACGCCUAACUGGCCAGUUUACUCCGGCUUGGUAAUGUUGUACGACGCGGAGAAGAAAUUUAUGGCCGUGAAUGGUUACUUCACCGCUAACCUAACUCAGCUCGAGAUUCCCGCAUCUCUGAGAACUGGGCAGUGCCCUUAUGAGCCUGCGGUACAAGUUGAGAAGACCUACAACUUUGGGGCAACGGUGAAGCCACUGGAUCAGCGGCUUCCUGUUGGACACAUUCGUGACGACCGCCUAAUUUGGUUUUCUGAUGCAAAGCGCCAUCUUGAAAUCUAAAAUUUAAACUGAUUCAUGUACUGCGUGGUGCUACUGAGUUACAAAAAUGGAGCAAUCGAUGCACGGACUUUCAUAUUUGAAGAAAGAUUUACAAGAGAAAUGUUACACUAAAUAUACAAUAAGGUAUGGCUAUGAGUGAUUUUACUGAAAAAUGUGAAAAAAAAGAAAAAAGGUCAGGUAUAAAAAUACUGUACUAAAAAAAACAAAGAUCUGAACAAUAUAGUAUAAGCAACAGAACAAAUGUUGAAGAGAAAUCCGAAAUUACAAAAUCUUGUAGUUUAUUAAAAAAAAAAAAACCUCAACACUCGAUAAAGUCAUCAAAACUGCAAACUUCAAAGGCGGAAUUUCUACGCUCUCAUGUGUCAAAUUAUAUGUGAAAUUGAAGAAAUUCCUGGAAGUCAUCAGUAAUGUCAGUGGUGUCGAUGUUUUUUACCGCGACUCGCUCGGUGACUGUGAACCCCACGCUUCCAUUUGCGGAAUUCAUGUGGAUACAGCUCUAAUACGUCAUCGAUCACGUGAACAACGCCGUUUGUGGCGGGUAGAUCCAGGUCAAUGAUGCGCAUGCUAUUUACGUAAACUCGUCCGUUCCAGGCAUAUCGGAUCCUGAGCACCCCACGAGCCAUGGAAAACACAGAGAAUUGGUUGCUAAAGAACGACCAGUAGCUGAAUUUGCAGUGAAUACCGCAAGUGUACAGUGUUCCAUUCACCACGUGAUGUUUAAGAACUUCUGUCAGCUCUUCAGGGAAAGCGAGAAGGGUCUCCAUUGAUCCAGGAGAUUUCAGCUCCAGUUUAGCAAAAGCCCAAUCGGUUGGUGCAAAGAGAGUCAACGAAGCGGCGGGAUUCUGGAGGACUGGUGCGAGCGCGGUUGUGUUUAUGGCUUCCGCUAGGGUAACGAAGCGAGAGUCGGAGUUGAUAAGCUCGUAAAUUGUUUUACUUGGCGGCAACAGGACUUUAUUAAUAACAUGGAUAACACCGUUGCAAGCCUCGAUGUUAGCUUUAGUCACACAUGCGCCAUCUACAGAAUGCACCUACAAACAUCAGAGGCAAUUUAAAAAA